AACGCGUUAUUUCAGCAACCGACCUAUGCUCUGGGUGGGUUUUCUCCCCCUUUCCUCUGGCAUCUUUCAACUGGAGAGGCAAUUAAAAAGUCAUGGCAUUGGCAGAACUACUUGAAUGCACCAUUGAUUUCGAGGGUCAGAAGCUUGCUGAUCAAAUAGCACAGGUGUUGCUGACAGUUUUCUCGAUUGCGAGCUUUGUCGUUGGAUUUAGUGCUCAAUCCAUGCUUCUCAUGUUGGCGAUAUUCGCGAUGGGCGUGGUUGUCACUGUCGCUGUUGUUUUACCUCCUUGGCCCAUGUUUCGACGCCACCCACAACCCUGGUUAAAGGCCGAAUGAAUGAUUGAUUGCGCCGUCGCCGCGCAUAUGCUAUCAUAAUAUAUCAGAGUUGUAUGGUUGAACGACGAAAACAAUCACUUUACAAGGACCACUCCACUUUCUCACUUUGACAGUCGUUUCUAUGCUUUGAACUGAUCCAAUACAAUUAUCUUUAAAGCUUCAUUUCUCUUCCAUCUUCCACCCUCGGAAUAGGAUUAAAAUAACGUGGAUGGUGCCAACAAUUAUGCAUUCGUUGGAUAAACACG